AUGCAUGCUAAACCUGUGUCCUUGCGUACAGAAGUGUCUCAAUCAGUGAAUAAUAGCUCCAUGAACAUUGAUUCCGAAUUCAAUGAUACAGAAGAGUAUAUUGAAGACUUUAUUGAUGAAUAUUUUGGAAAUCAUGUUGAAGAACUUAAUGACUUAUCUCUUUCUGCUGAUAAUGAUAUUUUUUUUGCCCAAAAUGAUAAUGACAAUAAUGACAACAAUAGCAUUGAUUUAGACUUCUUCAAAAAGCUUAAAGAAGAGUCUCAAGAAUUCGAUGAAGAUCCAACACAUGCCUUCAUUGUUUCUUUUGCCGCCUUUUUCAUAUCAAAAUAUGUCGUGGAUUCUGGUAGUGUAUUACUGUUAAAGUUUAUCAAUGAGAUGCUAGCACAUUUUGGGCAAUCAUUCCACCUUCCUCUGAGCUUGAGUGGCCUUAAUUCCAUGACAGAAGUUAACUUAUUGGCUGGUGGAGUACAUUAUUAUGUCGCAUGCAGUAAAUGUAAUACAAUAUAUCUUGAGUCUGAAUCAUUCCCUGAGUGCUGUGCUUCAUGA